AAGUAUUAGUCUACACUCAGGCGCAAGAUGCUGAGUUUAAUUUUAAUUAUUGGUGCACUUUGUUUAUUGUUUAUAUUUUUUAUGAGAGCUGAGAACUGGAGAAAUCGUGAAGAACUAUAUAAAACUGGUUUUGAUACAAGGAGUCUUUGGUUGAAACGUCUGUGGCCAAAUAGGAUAGUGCAUCCAUUACCCCCCGCAUUACCGGGCGCGCUGCCCAUCAUUGGACAUCUGCACAAAGCAUUUACCUGGUCUUCUAACCUCUUCAAUUUCUUUAAGAUUUUAAGUGAAGAUUGCGUCAGGCAAGGAGGUGUUACCGUUUUGAAACUCGGACCUGAAAUACAUUAUGCGAUAACAGAUCCUCAAGAUGCCUUGACGGCAGCGAAGUCUUGUCUCCGAAGGCAUUACGUGUUUGAUUUUGUUAAAGUUUGGCAGGGUGAUAGCAUUGGGACAUCGGCAGGAGAAACAUGGACACGUCAUCGCAAGUUACUGAACCCAGCGUUCAGUCUGCCGGUGAUCCACGGCUUCUUAGACGUGUUCAACAGUCAGGCCAAGAAACUGAUCAAUGAAGUAGAGCCUUUCGUCGGUAAAGGCCUAUUUGAUCACAGACGAUAUUUCCUCAACAACAACUUUGAAACGCUCUGUGCUGGAACAUUUGGAAUUGAUGCCAUCAGUGAAAAACAGCACGAACAAUAUCUGCUGUCAGCAUAUAAAUUAAUACGCCUAUUUAAGGAAAAGUUAUUCAAGGUUUGGCUGCAAAUCGACUUCAUUUAUAAGCUAACUGGGUAUAAGAAAAAGGAAGAUCAAUUAGUGAAGAAUUUACAUUCAUUGACGAAAGCAGUUCUGGAACAAAAAAGAAUCACCAAAGAGAAUGAAGUUGAAACAAAUACUACCGGUUUAAAAUACAAAGCUUUCCUAGAUCUGCUGAUAGACCUAUCAGCAGAUGGUGUUUUUACUGAAAAAGAAAUAAGGGAACAAACUGAAAUAAUUCUGACAACCGGUUUUGAAACUACAUCCACACAGUUGACAUUCACUAUGUUACUGCUGGGAGCACAUCCUGAUGUACAAGAGAAACUAUAUCAAGAAUUAUUAGAAGUACUGGGUCCCGAAAGAGACGUAGGAAAGUAUGAUUUGAACAAAUUAGUUUAUACAAACGCAGUUCUCAUGGAGUCUCUAAGAGUUUUUCCAACCAUACCCGUUGUACUAAGAUGUGUGGAUCAGGAUGUGAAACUAAAAAACUACACAAUGAAUGCAGGCAGUUACUGUGUAAUAUUUCCUCUGAUACCGAACAUAUCAGCUAAAGACAAGAAAGGGGAUCAGUUUAGGCCAGAGAGGUGGUUGGAUGAUGAUUCUUGCAGUAGCCAAGACUUUGCUGGGUUCGGCUUGGGAAAACGCGGUUGUAUAGGUAAAACAUAUGCGAUGAUAGAUAUGAAAGUGAAGCUAGCACACUUCAUACGGCGGUACCGCGUGCGAGCUGACAUGAGUCAGCUGCAGCUGUCUGCGGACUUCGUGCUCAACCCUGUGUCGGGACACGAGAUCAGCAUUGAACGAAGACAUUCACCAGCCGCAUGAGGAAUGGAAAUGGUGGAUCUGGUGAUAACUUCACCUAGAAUGUUUAUUGAUGACUUUGUUUCAGGUCAUGAUACAAAUAUUCUUAUGAAAUGUGUUUCUGUUAAUCUUGAGUCGAUUCAAAGAUUAGUACAAUUUAUUAAACGACUUCCCA